UGAUCUCGUUGAUCGAUAAGAUCACCGAGAUAUGAUCUUUCGAUCGGUGGGCGGCGACGGGGGUGAAUCCAUAGACGUGCAGGGGGAGGACGAGGGGCGGAAGGAUGGAGGAUCGGGAGGAGUACCGGAGGAGUCGUUCUUGGUUCGGCCCUCCAACUUCGGCAUUGUGGACAGAGGGAUCUACCGCUCGGGGUUCCCCGCUGCCGACAAUUUUCGUUUCUUAGAAGGGCUCAAACUUCGAUCCAUCGUGUACUUGUGCCCGGAGCCCUACCCGGAGGUUAAUACGGAGUUCGUGCGCUCCCAUGGAAUUCGUCUGUUCCAGUUCGCGAUCGAAGGAAGCAAGGAGCCUACUGUGGCCUUACCAAAAGAUACCAUCAUGAUGGCUCUCAGAAUCUUACUUGACGUAAGGAAUCACCCUAUUCUGAUUCACUGCAAAAAGGGGAAGCAUCGAACAGGGUGUCUUGUGGGCUGUUUCAGAAAGCUACAGAAGUGGCCCCUCUCUUCUGUGUUCGAGGAAUAUAACCACUUUGCUGCUUCCAAAGCUCGACCAUCAGAUCUGGCUUUCAUCAGUAACUUCGAUGUCUCAUACAAGCUGCGUGUACUCCAUAUCAUCUACCGCUUCUAUGGAUAUGGUUCCCGAGUCAAGCGCUUGGUCUACCAAGAUAGCUCCUCAUGACAUCCAAUCCUAUCUCCUUCCUCGUUUGCCUUUUUUUGCUGCAUCCAUAUCGAGGAAGUUGACAGGAAGUCUAGCAUUUUCCUGUACGAGAUCAUGCGCCCUAUACAUGUUUUCCCCAUUUCAACUUAGACAUCACAGCACAACACUUGUUGAUGGGUUAACGAGACAUUUAUUGUUCACCCAUUUUUCUGAGAUCUGAAACUAUA